AUGAUUUACCAGAACAAGGAAACACAAGAGUCUAACAUGAUUCCUAGUGAAGCUAAUGGCGAGAUGGCCAGCGUUAAACUCUACAAAUACGACUGGGAGCGCGCAGUUGCUAUGGUGGCUGCUCAAUCCGAUGAGAUUGUCAAUGCUCCAUUUGCAUACCUUGACAGUCUGCCGAAUCCAAAGACUCUCGUUCCAGUAGACCAGACCACUCUUCUUAUCGAUGAUGUUUUAGACAACGACACAGAGCGACGAGGCUCUCCCGCCACCCAUCUCAUCUUUGGAGUCGGCCACACCAUCAGUACCGCACUGGUUACGUAUGGGAAGAUUUAUGAACUGGCUUCAACUUUGAGCGACGUUGCCUACCGCUCUCUGCUUGAUGAGAUCAAGAUCUUGUACUCUGGCCACACGCACGAGUUCUUCCAGACAUACAACUGCGCCCCGCCACCCAUUCCAGUACAUCUCAAGGUCCUGGAGCAGAAGACUGGCAGCCUUUUCAGAAUGACAUCCAGGAUGAUGCAGGCGGAAGCAACCAAGAACCAAGACAUCAACAUCAACAACUUUAUCACCGUUCUUGGUCGCUACUACCAAAUCCUCAAUGACUUCCAGGAUAUUACCGACACAGCCCUGGGCAAGAUCUCGUUGUCUGACAAAGAUGACCUUGACCAGGGCACUUUUACGCUGACCUUGAUUCAUGCACUCAAUGAGCAGGAGAAAGCCGGCAAAACCGAGCUGAUUGAGAUCAUGAAGUCCAGGCGCGACCCUGACGGUCUACCACGAAAGGCCAAGGCUCGGGCUGUUGAGCUCAUCAAGGAGGCCGGUAGCCUCGACUACACUAAGUCAGUGCUAGAUAAUGCCUAUGACGAGCUGAUGCGCGAGGUCAUGGCAAUUGAUCAGGCUGCUGGCACUGACAACCAGGCCAUGAAGAACUACCUGGAGUAUCUUAAGUCACUGGCUGAGGUGGCAGUGACAGUUUGA